AUGGCUUCGCUUAUGAUGGAAGUUCCAAGAAUCACGCUCAUUGUUGCUGUUCUUUGGACGUCACCUUUGACAGUUUCAAGUCAAAUGUGGGCGACUAAUAACACACACAAAAACUAUGCAUUACAUGUGUAUUUCACACACACAGGUUCGAUUGACGCAUCAACCGGUAUUGGCAUUCUCCUCAACUCUAUACCUAUUCCCAGUAUUGUGGUAUUUGAUGCCACUGAACAAGGCCUUAUCGAUCAAGUAAUUGCUGACUUAGAGGGUAUCGAGCAGUUUGGAAACUUGGAGAAUAUACUAAAUAAUGUAGAUAACCAGAUUGUUCCGAAUCUUUGUACUUGGGCCCAAACCUUUGCGACAAAAUUGUGGAGUAUUACGGACAACAUAGAGCGUGUCAUCGCUUUAGUUGAUGGUCGAGGUGGGACAUUUGGACCAAAUGAGAGAGAGGCAUUACAAGGUGUAAUAAAUCUUGUCCUUUGGUUUAAAAAAUGCCUUUUACCAAGAGAUAUCAAAACAACGUUCAUCGAGAAUGAGGACGCCAACCUCGAGUCUUCUGUCGACUACAUCGGGCAAAUUAAUGUAACAAGAAGCGACAUCGAGAUUUCGAUCUCACCAGAUCAGGUAAUCUUGAGGACAUCAGAAUGUGAAACAAUUUACCCGUGGAAAGAAGAUACCGUUAAGCUCGAAGGCGGAUUAAUGAUGACCGGAAAGAAACAAGUCCGUGUUUACUUAAACAAUAACACGGUUGAGCUUGUUGUCACUCGUAAAGGACGCGCUAAGGGAACUAAUUUCUUGAACUUUGGUGUCACAGAAAAAACAGGCAUGACUAUCAACGCCGGUGGAGUUAUGGGAUGGAUUGGUAACAAGGCUGUUUACAAGAAUGAAGGCCCUCAUUCUGGUUACAUAACAUUAGGAGAAGUCACAAUUCCUGUUUACGACAAUAAAGACGGCUGCUUGAAAAUAGAUGAAGCGUAUUUGGACAAGUUCAGCUCUAUCCUUCAUUUGUUCGAAAUGGACUAA